AUGCAACAAUCCAAGUUCGUGGUAGUCGAAGUGACUACCACGACCUCCACGAUGACCUUGAUACAGUAUCUGAUCACUAACGGAUUUGAUAAAUUUGCCGUCGUCUCGGAUCUAUCCGAUCAUCCAUCGUUGAAGUACAAAGUCACAACACAUGCCGGAAGUUCAUCACAAACAUCACAGAAUAACGGUCUUGAACGACAAACAGUCGGUACUGCAUCGACAGUCUCGGAUCGGAAUGGGAAGCCGAAAGUGUCCAUAAAUGAAAUCGCUACCGCUCUCUCGAGAAAAUCCUCACCAUCGCAACCACCGAAAAAUGGUUUUUGUGGGACAUUAUCCCCGCAAUCGGUCCUAAAAGCUCAGCUAAAUGGCGGUAACAGCUGUAAGGCAGUCAGCGCCCUGUCACGAAUCCUUGAAGAUCAGAGCCGAGCAAACGUGAUGGAACAGAAACAUGAGCAUGAACGACGUGAACAAGAACGACAACAACAGGAAAUUCAACGGAUUAUCCUUGCUCAAGCAGCAGCGGUCAGUUGUCAACCAAUGGUUGACUCAUUCAGUGGUGCAAUGGAGCAUGACGACAGUAAUGGAUCUCCAGAACUUGACGACACUGGAAUUAUGGAUGCGUCAACAGUUAACGCUUCCACGGGUGACCUAAAUGGAGGCAUGGAUCUUGAUGCUGGAGCGGAUUCGAGCGAUGGUGGGAGUGGUUUGGGACCGUCCGAUGAGCAAGUACGAGCGUCGAUGAUACAUUUGCUGAAUCCGGUGCUUGGUAGUGCUUUCGGGAGCUCCAUCAUUGAAGAAGUAAACAGUGGAAAAAGAAAAGGAGAUGAAGGUGGAAGUAGUGGAGCAUCGAAAAAACAUCGUUGGAUGACUGUGGAUGAGCUGGAAGAAAGCCGUUUUGGUCGUAGCAAAAGUUAUGGAAGAGUGCAUUGCAAGGCCACAUAUAAAUGUGCGCUUUGCGGAAAACCUACGACACUGAACUCGACCGGCUCUCGAUGGAACUUGCUGCGGCAUGUGAUCAUGAUACAUUCGGAUUCGAAACCAUACCAAUGUUGGGAUUGUGAUUUUAUUGGGAUCAAGAGUAACGUGAUCUCGCAUGCACGUCAAACGAAUCAUCGUAGCGAUGACGCACAUGAUAUCACGACCGAUUUAAUGCGUAGCGAAUGGAACACGAUGCUGCAUCAAUGUUUUCCCGAUUAUGUGAAAGCAAAAUCACGUGGAUGGCAAGCGAGUCACGAUGAUGCGGACACAGACGUAGUGGUCCCAGGAAUCGAAUCACCAGAAAUUAAAUCCGAAGACUAA